AUGGAAAUUUCGAUUCGAAGCAAAGAGUUGAAACUCACCGUAGUUGACAUGCAAGUCUUUGAUGGGACCCAGUCCUACUCAUUUGCCGCUCAAAAUCUGUGGCAUCGUAUGAUUCCUCUCUAUCAUUCUUGGGUGGGUCUGCAAACGGCCAUGCACAAGUAUGACUUGGUUUCCGAACAAGUAGUGUUCUACUUUAACUGUCAAAAGCACGGGAAACACUUGGACGAUCUACCAAAUGAAUGGGAAAAAAUGGGUGAAGUGUCCUGUGACGAAACACUCCUCGACAAUGCCGAUAUUGUCAUUCUACCACCUAACAAUGGCUUUCUUUGGGAUUUGGCUUGGGAUAUGGAAUUGAGGUGCCAUGACUCAAUCAUGUUCAAGUCGUUUGCUAGUCUGUUUGUGGACAAGUCUUCCCGUGUGGAACCUACCGAGCCGAUGGGUUGCCUCAUCAGUCGGAAAGGACGGCCCAACCGACGAGUGCAGAAUUGGAAUGAAACUCUGACCAUGAUGAAAGAAGUUUUUCCUCGUGUUCAAGUACUAACACUGACACAAUAUCAUACGACUGAUGAGACGGUGAGAAUACUGCAAGAUUGCCGCGUUCUGUUUGGUGUUCAUGGUGCAGGCCACAGCAAUGCCUUGUUCACCCGGCCUGGAGUGGCAGUUGUAGAAAUGAUUGGGAACGCGAAACCAGCGUACUUUCGCAACAUCAACAUGUUACUUGGACAAUACUACGAAAGCAUUCAAGGCGACAGUGCACAUGGAAUGAGUGGUCUCUACAUGGUAAAUCUUACCGAAGCGAAAGGUGCAUUGGCUCGCGCAAAUGAACAUACGAGACUUUGGAUUCAGUCCCAUGGUCACUGGAGAUGA